UCGUCGUCCUUAUUGCAUUCUUCUCGAGUUGGGGAAAGCAUUGCACGUUGUUGUUGCUUGAGAACAAAAGGACAAAAUGGCUAAAAGUAAAAAUCAUACCAAUCAUAACCAGUCUUAUAAGGCUCAUCGAAACGGCAUCAAGUUACCUAGACAACGUAGAUAUCAAGGAAGAAAGGGAGUGGAUGGCAAGUUUUUACGAAAUCAAAAAUAUGCGAGGACUGGAACCAUUCGAGCGUUAAGGAAGCAGCGAAAGGAACAGGCGGAAGUCAACAAAGCUACAAAACAGUAGUUUGAAGUAUUGUACCAAACAGAAAAAUCCUAUACAGACUAGUAAAAAAUACAACCUAAUAUCAGGUUGAGAACUUUUAUAGUAUUCUAUUUUGGCAACUCACACCUUCCGACAGCUCAUUGUCUG